GGCUCGUGCGUGUAUGUGCAUGAAACGCCAGAUGCUGGCUUGUUUUCUAUCUUCAUCUUGUAGCCCACUGACGGGCACUACUCGUGCGCGAUAUAAAUCCAGACACGCACCUCUCAAUUUAGUGACUUUAGCAGCACUAGCAAAAUCAGCACUUCAAAUACAAUUGUCCAACCCACUGCCAGCAUUUUAGCAACCCGUACCAAUACACUCUCCUGCCUAAUACUAGAAGCCUCUUCGCAGCAAUGCACAUCUCUGCACAGUACGCUGUCCUACUGCUCGCAACAUCCGCCGCUGCGUGGGAUGCCAGCCAGCUGAGCGAAAAGCUUCGCAAGGAGCUCUGUAGUGAGCAAGUUCUCUACUGCACAAACGUUUGCGGCGGUGAAGGAUACACCCGCGAGGCCUUCUGCAACCCAGCGACGCUUGGCUCCAAAUGCCAAUGCAGCAACGGCGCUGAAGCUUCCGUCCGGCGCUACCAGUGGCCGGCAUUCCAGCGUGUGUGCGAGGCGCAGCGCAACGAGUGCCGGACUGCCUGCGAUAAGAGCAAGAUCCCAGCACACGAAAAGAGCUAUUGCUUCAGCAUGUGCGAUUACCGCAUGGCGUGCAGCUCCGAUGACGCGCCAGACCUCAAGAUCAUGGUCGACAAGUUUGACGAUAACACAGGAUUCGGGAAACCCAAGCCCAAGGUCGAUCCAAAGUCGCCAGUGGUGAUGGAUAUGUCCGAUGAUGCCGACGAGCUCGGCCAAAAGAAGGACAAGAAGAAGGGCGAUGGUUUGUCGUCCAAGAAGCGCGCAAGCCCGGUGCCUGUUGGGAAGGACAGCGGCGCGACCAGCCUGGCUGGUGCGGUGGCAGCUCUGGGCAUGGCAGCCCUGAUGGCCGGCAGUCUCUUCUAAACAACACACUUGUUCUACUCCAUGUUACUUUUUGAAUCCCAUGUUAUCAGACACUAUUGGCUCUUCGUUUUUGAUCGACUCGGCUCGCGACUAGCGAAAAAUGUUGGACUUUAUCGCCAGCUUGGAUCGAAAAUGCGCUCACGCAAAUAAAUGCUUCUCUCUUCGCUUGUGUAAAAAAACUCGCUCCAAAUUUACAGUUUUUGUUCCAAAAUGCUCACCAGAAUCGCUUCAACCCGAUACACGCUCGCUCUGGCGCACGCCUAGCCGGCUCUCCCGGACACUCAAAACCACAGCUGCGCUCCGAAUGGGUGCUAACGGUAAGGACGCCUGCUUUUCAAAAAACAAGUAGCAAACACCGCAUUUCAACGUCAGCGCUGAAUGAU